AGUAAGUAUGAGGAUUUACAUAAAGGAAUUCUGAUACAUGUGCAUUAAUGGUGGCACUUUCAAACUUUGAUGACAUCAGCGCGAGGUAUCCCACUGAUUUGCAAGAGCAACUCUUACGAGCAACUGAGGAAGUACCGGUAAUGGGCAUCAUGCUCUACUGCUGCAUGGAUAAAUGGACAUUUGGGAUGUCUCGCCAACACUUUCAGACACUUUGAGCCUCAGUUUGAGGCUUGAGGACUAUGCGGUAACAGGCUCUGAGCAUGUUUUCUUUCCUGACAGGGUUUGCCUUACUGCCUCAUCUGGCACAACCUGUGAUGAAGACCUCAUUUCGUUGUCCUUUUUUGCUUCACUUCCUCCUCCUCAACGCUUUUCCAUCCACUCGGCAGCCCUUCUCAUGAGUUCCUGUGUGUCUUCGCGUCCUUGUCUGAUGAGUUCUGGGUCGUAUAGGUUCAGUGACCAGCCUCUUCUUGAGGCUUUCAGGAAUGUAAUGCCUGCCAGAGGUCCUUUCGCACUAGCUCUCAAUAGAGCGUUGACAAGAAUCUGGCUUCUCUGCUGCCUCGCCAAAGCAAUGAGCUUGCUUGCAGACUUCGUUUUCGAAGAGAUACCACAAGACAUGGUGCAAGAGUGUCAUCGAGGUACACGAUCCUUGAUCAAGC